ACUGUUUAUUAAGAAAAAGAACAGAGACUUCAUUGCUUUUCCGGCGAUGGCGAUUCAUCCUUGGUGGAAACGUAACAGAAAGAAAGUGGAUAAGUACAUGAAGAACGCGAAGGAUUUGAUAACGAGCCAAGAUCCAAACGACGUCGUAUCAGCUCUAAGCCUCUUGAAUUCAACGCUUUCUAUCUCUCCUAACCACGAACUCGCUCUGGAACUCAAAGCCAGAUCGCUUCUCUACCUUCGUCGCUUCAAAGACGUCGCCGUUUUGCUUCACGAUUACAUUCCCAGUCUUAGAACCGAUAACGAAGAUGUCAGCAGUGUUGUCGUCGCUUCAUCGGAGCUUUCCUCUCUCAGGCUUCUUCUUCUGAGUGACUCACCGAGUCAUGACUCGUCGUUUAAGUGUUUCUCUUAUUCCUACUUGAAGAAGAAGGUCAUGGCAGGGUUAAGUAAUAAUUCUCAAGUACAAGGGCAAUGGAGAUACUUGGUUUUGGGCCAAGCUUGUUACCAUCUGGGUUUAAUGGACGACGCGAUAAUCCUACUCCAAACCGGUAAACGCCUUGCCACGGCCGAGCUCCGCCGCGAAAGCAUUUGCUGGUCCGACGAUAGCUUCAUCCUUUUCACCUCCGAAUCUCAGCCACAACCAAUCACCGAAUCCGAGAUCGUAUCGCAAAUGCUCUCCCAAAUCAAGCUCUUCCUCCGACGGCGCACGGCGGCGCUCGCAGCACUCAACGCCGGUCUCUACUCCGAAUCCAUCCGCCAUUUCUCUAAGAUCAUAGACAGCCGUCGUGGUGCACCGCAGAGUUUCCUCGUCGAUUGCUUAAUCCGUCGUGCCUCCGCCUACAAAUCCGCCGGCCGAAUCGCGGAUUCCAUCGCCGAUUGCAACUUAACCCUAGCCUUAGAUCCGUCGUGCAUAGAAGCUUUAGAAACCAGAGCCGAAUUGUUCCGAUCGAUACGGUGUUUCCCCGACUCGCUUCACGAUCUCGAACACUUGAAACUCCUUUUACAUGACCGGUCAUUAACCGGCCCGGUUUGGAAACGGCAUAAUAUCCGGUACAGAGAAAUCCCGGGAAAAUUAUGUGAAUUAACCUCUAAUAUCAAACAAAUGAAGGAGAAAAUUACAAACGGAGAAAACGGUAAUGAGGAUUAUUACUCAUUGAUGGGAAUUGAACGUGGGUGCUUGAGAUCGGAGCUGAACCGGGCUUACUUGUUACUGAAUCUAAGACAUAAACCGGAGAGAUCAAUGACGUCUAUAGACCGGUUCGAUAUAAUCGAUGAGCAAGAAUUAGUUUCGGUUAAGAACCGAGCUAGAAUGUCAACGUUGUUACUCUAUAGAUUGAUCCAGAAGGGAUAUUACGCCGUAAUGAGAGACAUUGAAACCGUAGAAGCGGACAAAGCGGCUGCAAUCGAUAAUCGACGGAUUGAAACGCCGAUGGAUGGUGAUAAAGCAGCAAUGGCGGUUGUGAGGAAGAGUAACAACAAUUUAAAAGUGGUUAAAGGAGUGUUUUGUAGAGAUAUGGCGGCGGUUGGGAGUUUGAUUUCCCGUGCCGGUUUAAGACAACCAAUUACGGUUUAGUUGCAUGCAUGAUUGCAUGUCA